GGGGAGGAGCUGCGGCCGCCCGGCCUCCUCCUCGGCUCUCGGAGCGGCGCGGGGCCGGCAGGGAGCGCAGCGCAGCGCAGCGGGAGCCGAGGAGCGCGCGGAGCCUGCCAUGGGCAAAUCAGCUUCCAAGCAGUUUAAUGACGAGGUCCUGAAGGCCCACAAUGAGUACCGGAAGCAGCAUGGCGUCUCUCCGCUGAAGCUCUGCAAGAAGCUCAACCGGGAGGCUCAGCAGUAUUCAGAGGCCCUGGCCAGCACGAGGAUCCUCAAGCACAGCCCAGAGUCCGGUCGUGGCCAGUGCGGAGAGAACCUGGCGUGGGCAUCCUACGAUCAGACAGGAAAGGAGGUGGCUGAUAGAUGGUACAGUGAAAUAAAGAACUACAAUUUUCAGCAGCCUGGCUUCACUUCCGGGACAGGACAUUUCACUGCCAUGGUAUGGAAGAAUACAAAGAAGAUGGGAGUGGGGAAGGCAUCUGCAAGUGAUGGGUCCUCUUUCGUGGUGGCUAGAUACUUCCCAGCAGGGAAUGUCGUCAACCAGGGCUUCUUUGAAGAAAAUGUCCUGCCUCCAAAGAAGUAAUUUGUCCAAUGUAACGGGAAGGUGGCAGACUUAAGAACUUGGAUUUGAAGUGCCUAGAACAACAAAAACUCAGCUGUGUGUCUGUCCCUGUGGGUGUAGGUGCUUGCUUGUGUGAUGUUAUGAGUCUCUUGAGCACACACUCGGUUUUACAGUUCUGCAUGAAUUCAUUCUUACCAAAGAAAUGAGCAUAUGAAGCCUUUACUUUGAUGGUUCCCUAGACUGCAAUUAUUUGGACUUUGGGGGGGAAAUCAAUUUUUAAACUUUAAAAAAAUUUUUUAAGCAAA